AUGGAGGCUCUUCUCGGUGGUGGGGCUAGCCGGCGCGUGAGCAUCGACGACGCGCUUGCUGAGCACGCGGGGCAGUUGGGUCGGUGGCAGCUGCGGCACUUCGUGCUGGUGUCGGCGGCGUGGGCGCUGGAGGCGCUGAACACCAUGGUGAUCAUCUUCGCGGACCGUGAGCCGGCCAUGGCAUGCCCGGCUGGGGACGGGCAGUGCGGCGAUCCGUGCGGCGGCGCGGCACCGGCAGCCGGGUGGGUGUGGACGCAGGGGACCGGCUCGUCGACAGUGGCAGAGUGGGGGCUCGUGUGCGGCCAGAGCUACAAGGUGGGGCUCGUCCAAGCCCUCUUCUUCGCCGGCUGCUUGAUCGGCUCCGGUGUGUUCGGCCACCUAUCAGACUCGUUCCUGGGCCGGAAGGGUGCCCUCCAGCUCGCCUGCACUCUCAACGCCGUCUUCGCCCUCCUCACGUCCAUCGCCCCCAACUACUGGGCCUACGCCGCCCUACGCGUCCUCACCGGCUUCAGCAACGGCAGCGUCGGCUUCUGCUCCUUUGUCCUCGCCAACGAGCCCAUCGGCCCCUCCCGCCGCGGGGUCGCCGGCAUGUCCGCCUUCUACUUCUUCUCCGGCGGCGUUGUGGUCCUCGCCGGAGUCGCCGCCAUCUUCCAGUCCUCCUGGCGCCUGCUCUACGUGGUCGCCUCCCUGGCCUCGCUCGUCUACCUUGUCGCCGUCUUGCCCUUCGUGUCCGAGUCGCCCCGCUGGUACCUCGUGCGGGGACGCGCCGACGACGCCAUCCGCGUCCUGCGCGACAUCGCGUCCACCAACGGCAGCCGCAUCCCCGACGGUGUCACGCUCAAGUUCGACGACGACAAGCUGGCUGGCGGGGAGUCCUCCUCGUCGGCCUCGAUCCUGGACGUGCUGCGGUCGAGGACGACACGGCGUAGGCUCGUCUUGUCCGUGCUCAUCAACCUGCUCUGCGCGGUGGUCUACUACGGGCUGAGCCUCAACGUGGGCAACCUCAGGACCAACCUGUACGUCAGCGUGGCCGUGAACGCGCUCGCCGAGAUGCCCGCCUUCCUGCUCACCACGCUCUUCAUCGACCGUUUCGGCAGAAAGCCGCUCGCCAUAAGCACCUUGCUUCUCAGCGGCGUCUUCUGCACAGCCGGCAGCCUCAUCUCUGCCGCCGACGACUCAAUGAGCGUCGCCAAGAUGGCAUGCAGCGUCGUGGGGAUCUUCGGAAUGGCGGCGACGUACAACCUAUUGUUCAUAUACACCUCAGAGCUAUUCCCUACGGUGGUGCGGAACGCGGCGCUGGGGUGUACCGGGCAGGCAACGCGGAUGGGGGCGAUACUUGCGCCGUUGGUGGUGGUGCUCGGGGAGCGGGUGCCAUUCGCGGUGUUCGGCGUGGCUGGGAUCCUAAGCGCCCUGCUCGUCUUCUACCUCCCAGAGACAAUGAACAAGCCUUUGUAUGACACCAUGGCCGGCCUAGAGGAAGGGGAGAAGACCCUCUUCAAGAAGAACAAUGAAGGAGCAGAUCUGACGAGAGGGGACGAGUUCUUGAAGAAAAUUGGAACAAUGGAUCUGACAGAAGUUUACCAUGAUUCUAAUUUGGACGUUGAUUUCAUAAUAGGAACCCAGAUACCCAAGUACACAUACCUAGAGGAUGGAGGAACCAGUAGCAAGAAUUACAGCAACUUCUGCCCGAAUCAGAAUAAAAUUGAAGCUCACACAGCAAGCUAUACUUUGAACAGCUAUACUUUGAACAGCAACUAUGUUAAUAUGCAGACUAAGACACCACCAUGGACAUAUGACUACAACUCAAAGGAAGCUGAACAAGGUGACCUUGAAGAUCGCUAUGCUAUAUCCUUAUCACAAGGUAAUGGUAUGUCCUUCACGGAAAUGUUGUUGUCUGUCGAAGCACCAUCAACAUCACGAAGCUAUCUACAAAGCAAUUUCAAUGGAAUGGAAGAGGGAAUGGGUUCAGAGAACAAGACAUUCAUGAUAACUGGCAGAUAUGCAAGUUCCCAGUCUACACUCCUAGAUGUACAAGAAGAAGAAGAAGAAGAAGAAGAAGCUUAUAAGCAACCAGUAUUUGGCCAUGAAGAUGAAGAAUUAGAUGAAGAUGAGACAAAUAUUGGAAAUGAAGAUUUGCCGAAUUAUGGUUCAGAUAGCUAUUACAAUUGGCAAUUUGAUCACAAUGAAAAUCAGAAUAAUGAUCCAGUACAUAAUGGUCAGCAUAUUCCAGAGGAAAAUAACAGUUUCGACAAUGAAACUCACAAUAAUGAAGAUGGUGAAGAAGUAGAUAUGGACAUGCCUGAAGGAGUGGAGAAGCUAACUCAAGAAGAUAUCCGUAUUUUCCUUGAAAAUGAAAGUGUUGUUGCAGCAUUACAAGCUAGUCAGGAAGUUACUGGGCAUCAUGCUCCACACUUAAACAUGGUAUUUAACACUCGAAGAGGAAGCCUACAAAUUUUACAAUGA